AUGGCUGAUGAUGAUUGGAUGGUAGAUGUAGCAUGUGGAAUGCAUAACCAUGCUCCUGCUAAACAUUUUGAAGGACAUUCAUUUGCAGGGAGAUUAUCUGAGGAGGAAACAUCAUUAUUAGUGGAUAUGUCCAAAAGCUUGGUCAAACCGAAAGAGAUUUUGGUUACAUUGAAACGAAAGAAUGCUUUGAAUGUAACCACUAUGAAAACCAUUUACAAUGUACGUCAUAGGAAUAAUGUUAUUAAGAAAGCUGGGAGAUCACAAAUGCAACAUUUGUUGGGUGGAGUGUUGAUCAUGGACUGCACAUAUAAGAAAAAUCGAUAUUGUCUUCCUCUUCUUGAGAUAGUUGGAGUGACAUCCACUGAUAUGUCAUUCUCCGUAGCCUUUGCAUAUCUCCAAUUUGAGCAAAUUGAUAACUACGUUUGGGUGUUAACUACAUUGCGUAGUCUCUUGGAUGACAUUGUUAUUCCUGAGGUGAUUGUCACGGACUGGGAGCUUGCUUUGAUGAAUGCUAUUGACGGGCUUGAAUAUAAUGAACAUCUUGCUAGGCUACUUGCGGAUUUUGAUACAUAUCCUGAGGCAGUGCAAUAUGUGUCACAUAGUUGGUUAGUUCCAUAUAAGGAUAAGUUUGUUGCCGUAUGGACAGAUAGUUGUAUGCACUUUGGGAAUGUUACAACCAAUAGGGCUGAAACUGCACAUGCAAAACUGAAACGGCAACUUGGUUCUAACCAAGUAAAUUUUGAGUGUUCUUGGACCAAGAUCCACAGUUUGCUUGAGUUGCAGCAUGUUAAUAUUAAGGCAUCGUUUGAGAAGAGUUUAACCAUUCUACAACACCAGUUCAAACCAUCCCAUUUUAGAGAGCUCCGAGGCAAUAUCUCUAUUACUGCAUUAGAUCAUGUCUUAGUGGAGAGUAAGCGAGCGAAUGAUGUUGGCAUUGAUGCUUCAGGUCGUUCAAUACCACUUGAUAGCAUUAACCCACACUGGAGGACUCUUGAGGUAGUACAAAAGUUGAAGAAUGAUAAAGUGGAAUUGAGGUGUGAACCAAAGUUUGAUCUCAUACUUAAGCGAUUUAAUGCAUCUGAUUACACUACACAGUUGGAAAUUCUGCAUAAGUUAGGAGAGAUUGUAGAUCCGCAAAGUAGUUUUCUCAUUGAGCCGGAUGUGAAGCCCAACCCUCGAGGUAUAUCGGACGCGUACAAGUACGACUUAUUCAUAUGUUGA